CCAAUACAAAUCUUAAUAAAAAUCUCUUACACAGUAAGAGAAGAGAAAGAACACAUCUUUACUCGGCCUGCUCGUUUCACAUUCUCAGAUCAAGAUCUCUCUUUUCACUUGUUGAGCAAUGACGGAGUCAGAUAUAUUGCUCCACGGGACUUUGCAUUCUACGAUCUAUGAAGUUGAUAAGCUUCAUAGUGGGGGUUCAAACUUCUUCGGCAAGCUUGUGCAACAUGUUCAAGAGGCUAUUAAUGUAGGCGAAGGAAUUCCGAAGAUUUACGCGUCUAUUGAUAUUGAAGGUGCUAGAGUUGGAAGAACCAGAACAAUAGAAAAUGACACUUCCAACCCUAGGUGGCAUGAAUCUUUUCACAUUUACUGUGCCCAUUCAGCUACCAAUGUGGUAUUUACCGUUAAAGAUGACAAUCCUAUUGGAGCCACUCUGAUUGGAAGAGCUUAUCUUCCUGUUAAGGAUCUCAUAGAAGGGGAAGAAGUGGAUAGGUGUGUUGAAAUCCUGGAAGAAGACGGUGAGCCUAUAAAAAGUGGAGGUAAAAUCCAUGUUAAGCUUCAGUAUUUUCCUGUGACAAAGGACCGCAACUGGGACCGUGGUAUCUUAAGUCGCAAGUAUCCUGGAGUUCCAUAUACAUUUUAUCCACAGAGACAAGGGUGUAAAGUUUUUCUGUACCAGGAUGCUCAUGUACCAGACGGAUUUGUUCCUAAAAUUCCUCUUGCUGGAGGAAAGUAUUAUGAGCCUCAUAGAUGUUGGGAAGAUGUUUUUGAUGCUAUCUCAAAUGCUAAACACAUGAUCUACAUUACUGGUUGGUCUGUUUAUACUGAGAUCACUUUGGUGAGAGACUCGAGAAGGCCAAAGCCUGGGGGAGACACCAUCACUCUUGGCGAAUUGCUGAAAAAGAAAGCGAGUGAAGGUGUCACGGUUAAUAUGCUCGUUUGGGAUGAUAGAACAUCUGUUAGUUUGCUGAAGAAGGAUGGGCUAAUGGCCACCCACGAUGAGGAAACCACAAAUUUCUUCGAGGGUACUGGGGUCAACUGUGUCUUAUGCCCACGUAAUCCAGAUGACGGUGGAAGUUUUGUCCAGGACUUACAAAUAACUACCAUGUUCACUCAUCACCAGAAGAUUAUUGUAGUGGAUGCCGCGUUGCCUAAUGGUGAUCCAGAGAAAAGGAGAAUUGUGAGCUUUGUUGGAGGUAUUGAUCUUUGUGAUGGUAGAUACGACACACCUUUCCAUUCCUUGUUCAGGACCUUGGAUAGUGCUCACCAUGAUGAUUUCCAUCAGCCAAAUUUUGCUGAUGGUGCAAUUACCAAAGGUGGACCGAGGGAACCUUGGCACGAUAUCCACUCCCGACUUGAGGGGCCAGUUGCUUGGGAUGUCUUGUUCAAUUUUGAACAAAGAUGGAGAAGACAAGGUGGUAAAAAUGUGCUUCUUCAGCUGAGGGAUCUUGAAGACGUCAUCAUUCCCCCAUCUCCAGUUACAUUUCCUGAUGACCAUGAAACUUGGAACGUACAGUUGUUUAGGUCAAUUGAUGGCGGGGCAGCUUUUGGUUUCCCUGAGACUCCUGAAGAUGCUACCAAGGUUGGGCUCGUGAGCGGAAAGGACAAUAUCAUUGACCGAGGUAUUCAAGAUGCCUACAUUAAUGCUAUCCGACGAGCAAAGAAUUACAUCUAUAUUGAAAAUCAGUAUUUUCUCGGAAGCUCCUUUAACUGGAGUCGUGAUGAUAUCAAGCCUGAGGAUAUUAAUGCUUUGCAUCUGAUUCCAAAAGAACUUUCACUUAAAAUCGUUAGCAAGAUCAAGGCUGGAGAGAGGUUUACAGUUUAUGUUGUUGUCCCCAUGUGGCCGGAAGGAAUCCCGGAGAGUGCCUCGGUUCAGGCAAUAUUAGAUUGGCAGAGAAGGACCAUGGACAUGAUGUAUAAAGAUAUCGUCAAGGCUCUCAGGGACAUAGGUAGUGAGGAGAAUCCCAGAAACUAUUUAACCUUUUUCUGCCUAGGGAACAGAGAGGUUAAGAGGAGCGGAGAAUACGAACCUUCUGAAACACCAGAUGCUGAUACAAACUAUGCCAGAGCCCAGGAGGCCCGUCGUUUCAUGAUCUAUGUUCAUGCAAAAAUGUUGAUUGUUGAUGAUGAAUACAUAAUAAUCGGAUCAGCCAACAUCAACCAACGAUCUAUGGACGGUGCUAGGGACACUGAGAUAGCUAUGGGAGCAUAUCAACCGUAUCAUUUAUCAGUUAGGCAACCAGCACGAGGUCAGAUCCAUGGUUUCCGCUUGGCACUAUGGUAUGAGCAUCUCGGCAUGCUUGAUGAUACUUUCCUUGCUCCAGAAAGUGAAGAAUGUGUCCGUAAGGUGAACCAGAUUGCUGACAGAUACUGGGAUCUAUAUGCAAGUGAGUCACUUGAGCAAGACUUGCCUGGACAUCUGCUCCGCUACCCCAUUGACAUCUCUAGCGAUGGAACUGUCACUGAAUUGCCAGGAACCGAGUUUUUCCCCGACACAAGAGCCCGUGUUCUUGGUGCCAAAUCCGACUAUCUUCCUCCCAUCCUCACUACCUAGGGGAUCCUUGCCUUGUUCUCAAGUUAUAACAACUCACCUUGUCUGGUUCAGUGGUUCUGGCAUUUGUAGCAGUAAUAAAUCUUGUGUUCUAGCUUGCAGAGUUUCAGUGCUGUGUUGCUUUCUUUUCUCGACGGAUGGUUUAUAUCUGAACCUAAACAACGGUGAUGCUAUGGUGUGGUUUUUAGUGCUGACCGGUAUAAUUAAAAUCGUAUCCUCGUGUUUA